AUGCCUCGGACACCAGAAAAGAAGAGACCUGGGCACCUGUUGGCAUCGCCCGAGAGUGGGAUAUCGGCGGCAACUAAGAAGCAAGGUACUGAGGUUGAGAAACGAAAGAAGCGGUACCAUUUUGCACCUAUCAAUAAUCUGGCUGGUCGAAAUAAGGAUGACUUGGGCGUAUUGAGGUCAAUUUCCGUCUCUCAGGUCAGAAAUAGUAAAAUGACGAACGCAUCGCGUCAAAUUAAGAAGACAAGUAACUCAAAAUCGUCGAGUACUUCACCAGUGAGAGCUACAAAAGAGGCUAAGAGGGUUGCGGCAAGCAUAAAGGAGGUAAAGGCUUCUAGGGGAGAUGAUGUUCCCAGUGAAGAGGUCAUUUGGAGGUAUUCACCAACGAAAGGUGAACUGUCAGACAGGAUCGGUAGUUCACAUCAUAAUUCCGAGGACUGGAUCGAGUUUGAAAGGGGCCAGGAUCCCUCAUCGACUCCAGUAGUGCCAAAGAUGCUCAAGAAUGUACUCAGCUUUGCCAAUAUUAGUGAACCCGAACAAACUGAGCAAAAGGAAUCGUUGUCAGCACAAAUCAGGAACUCGACGAGAUCAAGAGGUACAACAGAGUCUUUGAAAGAGUCCCUCAGAGAUAUCGAUGAUAUUCUCGAUGACAUGGAGGGCGAUCUUGCAUUGAAGCCAAAAAUUUCCAAGAUUAAUGAGCUUCCAUCAUCUCCGAGUAGGAUACAGGAACAAGGAAAGAGAGAAGUGGGCAAAGUUGAAGAAACACAUACUCCCUCAGAUGUUUCUUCCAGCGAUGGAGACGAUUCCCUAAUAAACUUAUUGACGCAACAGGGCUCAAAAAAGCAGGAUAUGACGGGAAUGAGUGUCGACGUUGAUACACUUGAUGACUCGUUACUUGACUAUCUCGACAACACCGGUAAGAAAGCACCUGAAGAGGAAGUGGAAAUCGAAAUUGAAAAUGUGGAGGCUAUGCUUUCACAGAGUUUAAAGAUGGCUAAAUGUGAGACACCAGAACUAGAAGAGUAUAUUCAGUUGGCCUCUUUUCCCUAUCGGCGCAAAGGUGUAGCGCGGCUUGUCCUCACAAAGAUUACUGAGAUCAGCUUGCCAAAAAUAGGCCGCCAAAAGAUCCUUUCCUGCAUCGACCAAGAUGGUAAGGAGGGUUCAGUAGUAGUACGAAAACCAUGGGUUUAUCUAGAGUUCGAAAAAGGUGAUGUCAUCCAUAUUAUCGAGGGCGCUAAUUUUGAGAACAAGAGACUAGUGUCUGAUGACAAAAAUCCUGUAACACAACUGGUAAAUGAUAAUCUGCUGAUUCUAAAUCCUGAUCUAUUACUCUCUGCCACGGCCGUCGGGGGUUCGAUUGAAUGCUUGAGGCGAGCCGUUCUACAGCAAUUGCUAGAGGACUCACAGGGUGAGCCAAGCAUUGUAAUGACUAUUGGAAAUAUCGUUCAUGAGCUGCUACAGAGCGCACUGCGAUAUAAGCUUAAUCAUAAAACCAUAACGAUCAAAUUCCUGGAAGAAAAAUUGGACUGUUUGCUCGAACUCUUUUCGUUUGGGAUACUGCAGUGCAACGAAAACCUCAUUAAGAUUAAAGAUGAGAUAAAAACGACACAUCUAAAAAACAUUUUUGAUUUUGUUGAUCAGUUUGUUAAAAAGAGUAACUAUGGAUGCUAUGUUUCUGUUUCUGGCACCCGAAAGACAGAUCCGCUCUCCAUCGCUAGCAUUAUCGACACAGAAGAAAAUAUAUGGUCCCCAAUAUAUGGGUUGAAGGGCUUUUUAGACGUAACCGUCGAUGCUCUUUGUAAGAAGACUCGGUCGGUAGUUCCUUUAGAAGUGAAGACAGGCAAAAGCAAAAGUAUCUCGCAUGAAGCUCAAGGCCUUAUCUAUACCCUGCUAUUAAACGAUAGGUAUGAGAUACCCAUUGACUUUUAUCUCUUGCUCUACACCAGAAAGAACGAAAUUACCAAGUACCCGUAUGUGCUUCACUCCAUAAAGCAUGUUCUGAUGUUUAGAAAUCAAAUGACGACCAAAUUAAAAUAUAGACUAAAAGAGUACAGAAAUUUGGAUCCGAUGAAACAAAAUUUACCCCCGCUACUGCAAAGCUCUUACUGCGAUUCAUGCAACUUCAAGGCUCCCUGCAUGGUCAUAAACAAUCUGGUUGAAGACGGAGAUGGCGAAUUAAGUGGCCUAAAAAAUGGUGAAUAUGAGCUUUUGACUAAACACUUGGCUAAAAGCCAUUCAAAAAACGCACAGUUCUUCAAGAAGUAUAAUGAUUUGAUCACGAAAGAAGAAUCAUCCAUUACUUGCAUUAACAAAAAAUUGUUUCAUUCUCAAGGAGAGUCGCAAGAUUCGGUAGGUAGUCACUGUCUUUCAAAUCUGAAGGUUGUUGAAACGGUUAAUGAUCCAGCCGACAACACUAUUUAUCUUCAUACCCUUGCUAGAGCCAAGCCGAGUGGAAUUUGUGCAUCUAUGCUGAAUUCGCAUUUGAUGAAAAAGGACAGAAUCUUUAUUAGCGAUGAAGCAGGGCAUUUUGGCAUUGCAAAUGGGCACAUUAGAGAUAUUGCGGAAGACUUCAUCAUAGUGUCAACGAGACGAAAAGUCCUUAACAAUUGGGUUCCGCCUGAGAGAUCAAACGGGCCACCUCACAUCAGAAGCGUUGUAGACGACAGCAUCACUGCAGAUUCUCUAAUGAGGACACAAAAUAUGGUUACUUACCGUAUCAACAAAAACGAUAUCCAGCAAGGCUUGUCACUGGCGCGCUUUAGUUUACUGAAUCUGUUUUUGCCGCCGGUGCCACCAGGGCAGGUGAUAGCAGAUGAAGCUUCUGGUCAGGUCCGCCUAGCUAAAAAAUCCGAAGGUGGAGAUGAAAGAUUGCGAUCCAUACUAGUUGAUAAAGUUGCAGCACGUUUCGAGUCAAAAUGUGUUUUUUCACUUGAAAGUUGUGGUGAGAUCAUUCCGACACAUUUAAAUACGGAUCAGAAGAGAGCUAUAGAAAAGGUAUUACAAGCACAAGACUUUGCGCUGAUACUGGGUAUGCCAGGCACCGGGAAAACCACUGUGAUAGCAGAACUAAUCAAGAUUUUGGCAUCUGCAGGAAAAAGCAUCCUACUUACUUCUUAUACGCACUCGGCGGUGGACAACAUUUUGCUCAAACUAAAAGACAAAAAUAUUAAGAUAGCCAGACUGGGGAUGAAACACAGAAUCCACCCCGAUACUCAAGUUUAUCGACCAUGUUACGAAUCACUGAAGACAUAUGAGGAUUAUAUCAAAGAAAUUGAAAGCACCACUGUAGUAGCCACUACUUGCCUUGGAAUUAGAGAAAUCAAUUCAUCUUUACGAUCAAGAGAUUUCGAUUACGUGAUACUUGACGAGGCCAGCCAAAUAUCCAUGCCUGUAGCCCUGGCGCCAUUAAGAUUUGGAGAGAAAUUUGUGAUGGUCGGUGACCAUUAUCAAUUGCCGCCAUUAGUCAAAAAUGAAGCAGCUCGCAUUGGCGGGUUGGAAGAGUCACUUUUUAAGAUUCUCUGCGAGGAUCAUCCAGAGAGCGUCAGUGAGCUCACAAUUCAAUACCGUAUGUGCGAGGACAUCGCCACAUUGUCUAACUUCUUGAUUUAUGAUGGCAAACUGAAGUGCGGCACUGCAGAUGUUCGAGAUCGUGGAUUGGAUGUUCCGCAUCUAUCCAGAUUGGCUAAAUUCCAAACAUCACCGACGAUCCAGCGAUGGAUUGAAGACGUAUUAGAUUUCCAGAGGAAGGUAGUUUUCUUGAACUACGAUAGUUGCAGUGAUAUUCAAGAGAAAAGCAGCAGCGACAGUAUCACCAAUCCCGGCGAGCUAACAAUUGUUCAGCAAUGUAUUGAUGGGAUGUUAGAAUGUGGAGUCGAAGCCAAAAACGUGGGAGUUAUGACCUUGUAUAGAGCACAACUACGGCUUCUAAAGGAAAAACUACAAGACGAACGUCAUGAAGAUUUAGAAAUUUUAACCGCAGAUCAAUUCCAGGGUCGUGAUAAAGAUUGCAUCGUCAUUUCUCUGGUCAGAAGCAAUUUAGAGCAGAAAUCCGGCUCUUUACUAAAGGAACUAAGGCGUGUCAAUGUCGCAAUGACAAGAGCCAAAUCUAAACUUAUUUUGAUCGGUUCCAGAAAAACCAUCAGUUCUGUGCCAGAAAUCGAGAAAUUCAUAGCUUUAUUACAAGAUCGAGGAUGGAUAUAUGAACUAUCAGCCAAUUUCCUGCAGGCAUAUGUUUUUCCCAGCACUUCGAAGGUUCAAGCUUCGUGCGACAAAAAAUUAUCAGGCAACACAAAGCCCAAAGUAAAAAGUAUUGAUGCCAAUUCAAAAAUACUCCGAAAUAAGCCAAUUACUCGUCAAGCGGUUUCCGAGUUGUGA